AUGAAAAGCGUUGUACAUCCGUCCGAUAGCCGUGGUUACAUCAACCAUGGUUGGUUAGAAAGCCAUCACAGUUUUAGUUUUGGCCAUUAUUAUAAUCCCGAUCGAAUGAAUUUUGGGGCAUUGCGGGUUUUGAACGACGAUAUGGUGGCUCCAGGCAAAGGUUUUGGAGCGCAUCCACACGAUAAUAUGGAAAUCAUAUCCAUUCCAUUGGAAGGCGAUUUGGAACACAAAGACAGUAUGGGCAAUACAUCGGUCAUUCGCCAUGGGGAUAUUCAGGUAAUGAGUGCUGGUACGGGCAUUGUGCAU